CAGUGGUAUUGCUAGCGGAACACAAGCCCCCAUAUUGAGCUUGUCUGUGAGCAGUACGGUUGUAGUAAGCUGCACAUACCCAGGGAUGGUCUUCCUUUAAUGCAUGUAAAUUAGACACAGAUGGUAAGGGUACAGUAGGUGUUUUUAUUUAGGAACAGUGCACCAUAACUUGUUGAGAGAUGUCGACGCGGUCGGAGAGAGAGAAAGCCCAGAAACUGAAUGAGCAGCAUCAGGCCAUUCUGUCCAAAAUGCUCCGAGAGGACGACAACAAGCACUGCGCUGACUGCGAGGCUAAAGGACCGAGAUGGGCGUCGUGGAACCUGGGGGUCUUCAUGUGUAUCCGCUGUGCUGGCAUCCACAGGAACCUGGGCGUCCACAUCUCCAGAGUCAAAUCUGUCAACCUGGACCAAUGGACCCAAGAGCAAAUCCAGAGUAUGGUAGACAUGGGGAACAACAAGGCCAAACAACUGUAUGAAGCCCACCUCCCAGACACCUUCAGACGUCCACAGACCGACCAAGCAGUAGAGUUCUUCAUCCGGGAUAAGUACGAAAGGAAGAAAUACUACGACCAUAAUGGCCUCAAAACAGCUUCAAAGGAACGAGAGAAGAAGAAGAGAGAAAAGGACCUGGAGAAAGUGAACAGACCAGGCUCCUCUGAGAAGAAGAAGGCGGAGCUUCAGACAGACUCCAGAGCCAAUCCCAGGAGGAGCCCCGAGCCGGCCAUCGACCUGCUCGGCCUGGAUGCACCUACAGGUGGAGCUGCAACCAGUUCUGCUGCACCAGUCAGUGAUGAGGACAUCUUUGGUCCAAUGGUGUCCAACCCUCUGCCCUCCUCCAACAAUACUCAGGCAGUCUCCAGUACAGCCCCAGGCGCCCCAAGUAGCGGCGUCCGCGGGGGGAUCGGGGGUGCUGCUGGCCCCCAGGCUAAUCUGGACCUCUUCAGUGAGAAGAACAGUAGCAGCACCAAGACCGAGGAGGGGGCCAAGAAACCCCUCUCCAAGGACUCCAUCCUCUCCCUCUACAGCAACACCACAGUCAGCCCACAGCCUGCUGCCCCGGCUGCUGCUAUGUAUAUGGGCCAGCCUCCGAUGCAGCAGUUCUCCAGCCAGCCCCCCGGACAGCCUAACUUCCAGACUUACCCAGGAGUGGGCGGAGCUAUGCCACCCACAACCAUGACAGGCGGUGUUAUGCCCCAGGGAGGAGGAGCCAUGAUGGGGCAGAACUCUGGCAUGAUGGUCGGUAUGGCGAUGCCCAACGGCGGUUACAUGGGUAUGCAGCAAGGCAUGAUGGGGCCUCCGGGCGGAGCUAUGCCAGCGGGGGCGGGGACUCCCCAGAUGUACGCCGCCAUGCAGCAGCAGCAACAACAGCAGGGCCAGUGGAAUGUGAGCCAGAUGACCCAGCAGAUAUCAGGCAUCGCCAUGAGUGGUGGUGUGGCAGCGCCACCCGGCUUUGUUCAACCAGGUGCUCCCAUGGGUGGGGGGGUGGGUCCUCCCUCGGGCCAGACCCUCAGUACCCAGCUGUGGAAGUGAGGGAGGGGAGGGGAGAGUGGGAGAGGGAGGCAGAACAACCAUGUCACCCCAAAUCUCCUCCUAUACCCUCACUCACCAACUGCAAAACAGGAAACGACGCACAUGGGGCAAUCUAUGGACUGCUCCACUGUUCUCCCCCUCCCCGUUUCUCAUUCCUUUAGAGACCCCUCUCUCCCUCUGUGUGCUGCGGGGGCGGAGUCUGGGGUGAAAACAGACUGGCAGCUGUGUGUUCAUUCCUUUAGAGACCCCUCUCUCCCUCUGUGUGCUGCGGGGGCGGAGUCUGGGGUGAAAACAGACUGGCAGCUGUGUGUUCAUUCCUUUAGAGACCCCUCUCUCCCUCUGUGUGCUGCGGGGGUGGAGUCUGGGGUGAAAACAGACUGGCAGCUGUGUGUUCAUUUCUUUACUUGGGACAUUUACUUUCUUAUUCUUUUGACCUUUUUUUCUUUUGUUAAAAAAACAACAUAUUGGCGAAAGAGUAAAGCUGCUGGACCCAUAAUACAAGCGUCUAAUAAUAAUAAUAUAUCAUUACCAGAACCGAUAGUGAGUAAAUAGAUAUUUAAAUGGAGAGAUAUGGAUAACAUGUUGGUGACCACCCCACCCAUCAAUAUCAUGUGUGUAUAUUAUACUGUACUCCCCUCUGGGCAUUCAGAGCUCCUGUAGCAAGACAUUGUAUGAUCCAGUACUGUAUUACUGUAUGUGUGUGAGAUAUAGACCCCCCCCCCUCCCCUCCCAGUGAGGUUGUGUUCUACCAUCUUACUGUGGUGUUUUGUUGUGUGCAGAACAAGAAGAAGCACAGUUCUGUCUGAUUGACACUACAAAGCCAAGCUGUACUGGGCUUGGCCUGGUUACACAUCCACCAUAGUUGCUGGAAAUGACAGUGAAAAGACUAUAUCUGAGCCAGCACAGUAUGGUUCGGGGUGGCCAUUUAGUGUGAAUCAGGCAUUAGUUUGAGGCAAAUAAACCUGGAUGACUGUCGGUGGGGGCAGGGAGCUUACGUGGAAUAGGAGGGGGAGGGGACCAGAAUACGAGAAGAAAGAGAUGAUGACAUAACGCUCCAGAUGAUUCAGGAAGUGUGUUGACAUUGGGAGCCUAAUGGAGCUGUCAGGGAUCGGAACAGUUGGCUUAACAUCACGUUUGCUUACUUCCCGGCCUCUAUGGUGACAUAAUCUCUGUCUAAUCCUGCUUUAUGUCAAUAUAUAGAUUAUAUAGUGGGGAAAGAAGGUGAAGAAAUACUGCAGGGGGAAAUGGGUGGUGCACUAGGAAUCAACAAACAAUAGAUCAAACACAGACAUUCCGUGUGUAGUUCGAAGUUGGAGAUGCUAUCCACAUACAGGGUCCCUGCCAUGUAAUAACAAGAGAACACACACUCAAGAGAACUCACACACACACACAAGAGAAUUCAUACACACAGCAUGUCCUCCAGGUUUAUUUCUAGUGGUGUUUACAUUUUCUGGUGCCUAGUACAGAGAGAAAUGUUAUGUCCGUGCAUUAAACAGUGAGUAGCCAUGAACUAUUGUGACCAUUUUUGUCCAAUGACUCUUUUAUUGUGAAGUUGUUUUUUCUUUUCUUUUUCCUGCUUUUACAAGAGGGUCAUUUGGAAUAAAAGUUGUACUCCUGGA